AUGUGUAUGCAUUGUGUGUGUAGGCUUCCUGUGACAGUGUUUUCGAUUUUUGGGACACGGGUCUUGUUGGCUUGAAUUUCCAUUGGUUCUCGAGUUCGUAUGCCUGAUUUCGAAGUAAUUUCUCGUGUUGGUUGAUGGGUUUUCGAGCUUUCUGAUCCAUCCACAACGCUGUCUCGGGAUGUUUCAUUGUUGAGGUCGUGUUGUUGGUGGAGCCAGGUGUUGUUCACUUUGGGUCUUCCGGUCAAAUUUGAAGAUUCUUCUUGUUUUUUUUUUGGUUGAACUGACGAGUGAAAACGAUGUUUAAUCGCAAUUUACAGUUCCUAUUCUUGUCGGAUUCCCCAGGAGACUGUAGGUUUGUGGAGUGACAAGAAAGACGGUUAGAACGGAGUACGAUGUUGUACAUUGUAGGAUUAGGAUUGGGGGAUGAAAGAGACAUAACAUUGAAAGGGCUCGACACUGUGAAGAAAUGCCAGAAAGUGUACAUGGAAGCUUACACUUCUCUCUUGUCAUUCGGUCUAUCUGCUAAUGGUCUUUCCAAUCUGGAAAAUCUUUAUGGUAAACCAAUUACACUUGCUGAUAGAGAAAUGGUGGAAGAAAAAGCCGAUGAUAUACUCCGGGAAGCAGUUCAGCAUAAUGUUGCUUUUCUUGUUGUCGGUGAUCCUUUCGGAGCUACAACACACAGUGAUCUUGUUGUUCGAGCCAAGAAACUCGGGGUCGAGGUAGAAGUUGUGCACAAUGCAUCGGUGAUGAAUGCUAUCGGGAUUUGUGGUCUGCAGCUUUACCAUUACGGGGAGACGGUUUCUAUCCCGUUCUUCACCGAGACGUGGAGACCGGACAGCUUCUACGAGAAAAUCAAGCAGAACCGAUCUCUCGGAUUGCAUACCCUCUGUUUGUUAGAUAUCCGUGUGAAGGAGCCGACACUCGAAUCUCUCUGCAGAGGGAAGAAGCAGUACGAGCCUCCCCGAUACAUGACGAUUAACACCGCCAUUGAACAGCUCCUAGAAGUCGAGCAAAAUCGGGCAGAAUCGGUUUAUACCGAAGAAACGGAAUGUGUUGGGUUUGCGAGACUCGGAUGCGGGGAUCAGAAGAUAGUCGCGGGGACGAUGAGGCAACUAAAGAAUAUCGAUUUCGGGGCACCGUUGCAUUGUCUAGUCAUCGUCGGACAGACGCAUCCCGUGGAGGAAGAGAUGUUAGAGUUUUACAAAGUGUGACAGAGCAGCCAACAAAAAAAUCGGAAGGACCCGAAGAAAUCAUUACCCGACUGAUGAUCAAUUUCGUCGGAUCGUGUUUUCACGUAAGUCGCAGACCUGCAAUUCGGUAUUCUUCAUGUCGAAACAGACGCAAUAACUUGUUUCAGGGCUCUUUUUGGUUUCGGUUGCAGAGGUUUCGACAUUUGUUUCGAAGGGUUUUAAUGUCAGGAAAACGGUUAAGUGAAA